AUGUGUCGGGUUCCCUUCCACGCGAGGCUCUUCGGGCCGUGGCUCGCCAUCGCUGCGAUCCUGGUCCUCGGCCAGGACGCAGCAGACAAGGCAAAGUUUGGCGACCCUAUCAACGUCCUCGGCAGUAUGGAAAGAACCGACCAGGAUUUCCAGGACGGCUUAGCUCUAGACCUCUUCUCACCCAAAAAUCGCACGCUGGUCGUCCAACAGAACCUCACCCCGCUGCCGGGCAACUUCGUGACGGGCACCACUGGCGGUCCCUUCAUGGCCCUCCAGAACUACUCGUACGUCAUCAGCCUCAACGAGUCGGCAAACGACCUCAUCGCCAAGAUCGAGAUCCCCUACGACCCGGCUGCUCUCGCCGCGAUCGGCAUACAAGAGAGCAACACCUACGUCGGUACGCUGGCCGGUGACAAACGAAGCUGGAUCGUCAACGAUGCGACGCGCAACGUGCAUAGAGAGGAGAACAAUACUCGGAUCAUCAAGAUGACGUCGCUUCAGGGCGAGUAUAUCCUGCUUGGGCGCCAGACGGUGGAUACGGCCAACGAGUUCGUGCAGUAUGGUCAGGGAGCUACGAGAACGGUCAACGUCACGGCGGGGAAUCGACAGGAAGCCGAGUUUAUCGACGGCUUGAGGCUGAGCGUUGUGCCGAGUACCGACAUGGGCAUCAACAUUGAUAUCGUGAAUGGGAUUUCGCCGCAGGCUGUUCCGCCCGGGUUGGUGCCGGUUAACAGUUUCGCGUGGGUUGUCAACUCGAGUUCACCUGGCGCUCCUAUGCUCGCAGAUAUGAAGUUUCCGUUUAAUCCUUCAAUGCUUUCCGCCGUUCGGGGAUUUGUUCAGCCUGCCCCUGUCAGGGUGGCAAAGAAAGCACUUGGGACUACUGCCGAAGUACCGUUUCAACUUAUGGCCGGGGAGAUCAUUGGAAUCUUGCCAGACAACUCGGUUACCAUUCCCAAUCCACAUGUAUCCAAAUCUUGGCAAAAUAUGAUUAGAAAGGAUGUUGGUAAAACAUUAAACAUUGAAACUAUGCAGGCAUGUAAUCACACUCUCGUCGUCCUCAAGUUCAGCCUCUUCAUCAACACCACAUGCAACCUCCCCCUCCUCACCCUACCUCCGCCAUCUCAACCAAACCCCCUAAGCACAAAGCGUCAAAACAACAUCCUGAUCCGCCGUACAAACCUUAACCUGACUACCCCCGGGACUAACACCGCCCUCCCACACAAUAGCAGGACAACUCGCAAGCCGACUCGCCACAACAAUCUUGCUCCCCUUGAACCCGUCCCCGAACACGGUGCUCAAAUCGUACCAUACUCCCGCGCCGUCCAGGUUAUACGCGUACACGAGCUGCGGCGCGCCGGUGUACAGGCCGUCGCGCGCGCGGGUGACUUUGAGGGCCCGGCCGCCGGUGGUCGGGUCCCGGGUGAAGGUCUCGCUGUAGGAGCCGCCCUUUGCGGCCAGGGGUCCGGCGGCGCGGACGUCGCCGCCGACGGACCAGAGGGAGACUUCGGUUGCGCAGUUGUUUACGACUGUUGCUUUGCCGAGGGCUGCGGUCUGGGUUGCGGCGGCGAGGAGGGGGAUGAGGAGGGAGGUGAGAUGCAUGUUGGAGGCUGGGGAAUUGUGUGCUUGAGUGGAAAUUUGGUAGAUUCUGGAAGGCUGAGGAUUGUCUCUGGCUUGAGACCUUCGUGGUUUUAA